UCCACACUUCCACCGCGCGGCACCACACAAUUGCGUUCUGCAACUCACCGUGCCGUGAUCAAAUCCCCUGUUUUCAGACCCUGAGGCCUCGGGGUCUGUACUCAUCACCCGCUCCCCCCUUCCGCACCACUUCUUGACGAUGGCCUGCUACCGUGGUGAUGGGCUAUCCCCGCUGGCGGCGCAACCGUCCGGGAGCGGGGGACCAGCCGAACAGGGCGCGGACGGGGGUGACGUGGCCAUAGUUCCGCUCCGCUCGCCUUCGGUAACAGUACCGUACCGUUCUGUACUUUACUGUACCCGAGCAUCCUAAGUCUUGUGGAAACCUCACUUGGUCCUCACGUAUGCCCUGCUGGCAAGAUCUACGUCAGGAGGAGGAAUCAGGCAGGACUACAUCACUGUACUAUUUUCGCCAGGCAUAUCGGACGAAGCUCGCAAGGGCAGAAGCUCGCUUCGUCAGCCAAUGGACGAAUGAUCUCACCCUUCGUGUGUCGCAGGGGAAGAUCACUUCACGUGAUGCACUGAACCACACCACAUGCACAUGGGGUGUGCAGGAGGCGUUGUAGCGAGAUCAGAUUCCUCCAGUUCCAACUACAAUAGUUUCCCGUACUGUAUCUUCUAAGGGAAACUAUUGUAGAGAAGAAGUGGGAUGGAGGCUCAAGGUGAUAGACUACGGGGGAGAUGUUAGAAACAUACAC